GAAGUUAAUCACACAGGCUUCAGACACAAAAGGAGAAACUGGUCAGAAGUAGAAAAAGAGCUCAUAAACUCUGCUGAAAAAAUCAGAAAGAGAAAGAGAAAGAGAAAGAGAGUAAGACUUUUAUUUAUUAAAUUGAAGGAAGCUAGCUGCCUGCAUCAGAGCGUGUUACAGAGAGAGGGGCAUGGCGGCGUUUGCAGGGAUGGAUAGCUGUAAAAAACAACAAACUACAACAACAACAACACUGUGAAGCCGGAGAAGCAGAAUUGAAACUUGAAACCGCGAUUAACGCUACCUAGCUGCACGACACUGUUCAACGUUGUCUUCUGUCCUAACCAACGAACCUUCAAUUACCCUUUCCCCAGCUCCAACGAAACACAAACUAAAACACAACCCUUAACCAGAGACAAAAAAAAAAAUGUGUCUGUCUCUCUCUGUUCUCGACACACACAAACACACGCCCAACAGUUAUAAACUACUGUAACCUAGCUAGCUCCUCUCCCUCGAUCUUCAUCGUCUCUCUCUCACUCAUCACAAAUCCCAAUUCUCAACCACUUGCUUCAUUAAUUCAACCAAUAGUUACGAGAUUUGGGUUUUUUCUUCUUUUCUUCUUUUUCAAAGGAGAUAAUUAUUUGGUUUUUCACUUUUUCUUACAUGCUUGUUGUUGCUUGCUUCUUCUCAAAACCCUAUUCCUUCAUCUUCAAACCUAACAACGGAUCAGGUUUUCUGAUAUGGAUUUCGAGUUAAAAUUGAAGGCUGGGUCAGGUUUAACAAAAUGGCUGGGUUGUUCUCAUUAGGAGGAGGAGGAGGAAGAGGGAACCAGGAGGGGGAACAUCACGGCGGUGAGAUUCCCCCACCGGAAACCCUAUUCUGGUACAAACCAAACGACGAUGUUUCGUCGUAUCGCGGCUUCGAGCUAUGGAACCAGCACCAGCAGCAACAGCACCAGCAACAACAGGAAGUAGUUGGAGGAGCAGGGUUAAGGCCUCUCUACUCGGCGGUUGGGGUGGGAUCCAGCAGCAGGGUGGUGGUGGGGUCAGAUGAUCAGAGAUCAUCGGCGGCGGCGGUGGGGUUUGUGAGGGCGUCGUCGUCGGGGGAGGGAGGAGGGAUAAGCUGCCAGGACUGCGGGAACCAAGCGAAGAAGGAUUGUCCUCACAUGCGGUGCAGGACGUGUUGCAAGAGCCGAGGGUUCGAUUGCCAGACGCACGUGAAGAGCACGUGGGUCCCCGCCGCCAAACGCCGUGAACGCCAGCAACAGCUCAACCCUGGUUUCCACAGAACAGACAUUUCCAAACGCCCCAGAGAUAUCAUCACUUCUCGUAAUAACCAGCAGCUGCACUCUUCUUCAGGGUUAGAGCAUGGAAAUUUUCCGGCAUUGGUGAGUUCUCCGGCAGAGUUCAGGUGUGUGAGGGUUAGCUGCGUGGACGAUGCUGAUGACAGGUACGCAUAUCAAACGGCUGUCAACAUAGGAGGGCAUGUCUUCAAAGGAAUCCUCUAUGACUAUGGUCCAGACAACAACAACAAUAAUACUAGUCAUGAUAACAACAUGAAUGUUCAUAAUUACAUGGCUGGGGAUACCUCCCCCGCCGCUCUUGCCGGAGCUCAGCCGCUGAAUCUCACCGCCGCUGUCACCGUUGUUUCGUCUUCUGGGGCACUUGUUGAUCCUUCCUCCUUGUAUCCAUCUCCGGUUAACGCCUUCAUGACAGGUAGUGGUACGCAAUUCUUCCCUCGCACAAGAUCUUGAAAAAAAGAAAAAAGAAAAGUUAUGGAAAUUGGCGUAUAUUUAUUCGCCGCUACUUUUAUUUCAUCAUGAACUUGGUGUUUGGUUCAUUUGAUGAAAUAUUAUUAUUGUCAUGGCCUAGUGGUAAAUUUGACUUUGACACCCAUAUUUUGUGUGAAGUAUAUGAGCUAAAGAGAAAGAAAAGAAAGGAAAGAACGAGAGAGAAAGAAAAUAUUUUUGUGCAAAAUUUCAAAUGCUUAGUUCAAGAAUAGAUCAUUCUUCUUAUCCUUCUUGAAAACUAGCUAAGCCUAUAUUUGUGACUUUGUAUGUACGAAACAAUGGGACAUUAUGGUUCUAAUGUUGUAGCUUAGAGUGUAGAGUCUCAGCUUAACUGUUUCAUUAAUUAUUACUUUAUCGAGAUUCUAAUCA